AUGGAGGUCGCUCGUACCUCCUUGAUCCAUGCGGCUGCUCCCCACUUUCUGUGGCCGUUUGCGGUCCGGUACGCAGCGCAUCAGCUCAACCUCUGGCCCCGUGUCUCCUUGCCGGAGACUUCCCCGACUCUACGGUGGACGGGAGAGGUUGGCGAUGCGUCGCGUUUCCGGGUCUGGGGAUCUCGAGCUUUUGUCCGCGACACGUCCGCGGACAAGCUCUCGCGUCGCGCUGUUCCCUGUGUCUUUCUUGGCUUUGUUCCCGACGCGCCUGGUUGGCAGUUUUACCACGUCACCUCGCGCCGGGUUCUGGCCUCUCAGGACGUCACUUUUGACGAGUCCGUCCCCUUCUACCGCCUCUUCCCCUACCGCACUGCCCCGCUCCCCCCCCCACCUCUCUUCCUCGCUCCAGGUGCUGAGGUACCAGACCCCCUCCCCCCUCAGGGUGCCGCUCCCUCAGGUGUGUCCCAGGUAGACCCGGGUGAGCCUGUCGAGGUAGCUGUUGACUCGCGUCCUGCGUCUGGGGGUGCUGAGCCUGGGAGUACUGCGUCUGAGGGUGCGGAGCCUGGGGGUGCUGAGUCUGGAGGUGCGGAGCCUGGGGGUGCUGAGCCUGGAGGUGCGGAGCCUGGAGGUGCGGAGCCUGGGGGUGCUGAGUCUGGGGGUGCUGAGUCUGGGGGUGCUGAGCCUGAGCGUGCUCCACCUGGAGGAGCCCUCUCCUCCCAGCAGCUGCAGGAGAGGUACCUCGAGUACUGCCGCCUCCCGAGAGGUGCUUCUGGAGCUCGUCCCGGUACUUCCCCUCCUACCCAGGAGCUCCCCCCCAUUCAGGUGAUCCGCGAGUGGUACACGCGGCGCUGCAGUCUUCGUAGUGGUGCUCCUGGUGCUGCGGACCCGAGCAGUGGUGCUGUUGCUGGUGCUGAGGACCCGGACGCUGGAGCUGCUGCUGGUGCUGAGGACCUGGGGGCUGGAGCUGCUGCUGGUGCUGAGGACCCGACCGGUGGCGCUGCUGCUGGUGCUGAGGACUCGGGCGUUGGAGCUCCUACUGGUGCUGAGGACCCGGGCGUUGGAGCUGCUGCUGGUGCUGAGGACUCGGGCGUUGGGGCUGCCACUGGUGUCCCUGCUGCUUCUGGAGACGCUGCGCGGCCGCGACCGUACUUCGUACCGCUCCUUCAGCAGGUUCUUGGUCAGGCUCCUCCUCCUAGUCCUCCUCCCUCCGUCGAGUGUCCUCUGCCUGUCCAGCCGCAGUCACAGUUACCGCCUGCCUCGCCUCUCCCUGCUCCCUCCCCUUACACUGGUCCCACAGGAGGUCUUACAGAGCGUCGUGAGCCUGAGUCUCGUCCUGCGUCGCCUGUUCGUACUGCUCGCACUGGUCGUCGUGUCCCACGUGAGCGUCCUCCUCCUGUCCCUGGCACUCACUACAUGACUCUGCGUCCCUCCACUGCUCCGCAGCGUGUCCCGCUGCCGUCUCCUCCUGCGUCCUCUCUUCCUACUCUUCCUGACCCGGAGUCUGACUCCCGUCGUGCUGCCAGUCCCACUGUUACGCGUCUCCUCGCUACAGUUGUCACUGACCCGACCUUUGAGUCCUCUGCUGCGUCUGCUCUGGUCACUGAGUUGGUUGACUUUGCUGCUCGCUGUCGCCUAGACUACGCUGCCAGCCUUGUCGCUAGGUCUGAGUCUGCGUCUGCCUGUCCUCCGUCCGUCGGGGGUGAGUGUGCCCUCGGCACGGACGUCCUUGAGGACAGACAGGAGGAGUUCCACUGCCUUGCUGCUGCUUUGCCCCGUCUCGUGUCCUUGCUAGUUGCCCCUGAGGGAGACCCGGAUGCACCAGACAUCCCGACCCCACGCUCUUACGCUGAGGCGAUGGCGGGUCCCUACUCCUCUCAGUGGCAGACAGCCAUGGACGCAGAGAUGGCCUCCUGGAAGUCCACAGGCACCUACGUAGACGAGGUUCCCCCUCCUGGGGCGAACAUCGUCAGUGGCAUGUGGAUUUUCAGGGUGAAGCGGCCGCCGGGUUCUCCACCUGUCUUCAAGGCGCGCUACGUGGCUCGAGGCUUCAGUCAGCGAGAGGGAGUAGACUUCUUUCAGACCUUCUCCCCCACCCCAAAGAUGACUACUCUUCGGGUGCUGCUGCACAUAGCCGCUCACCGCGACUACGAGCUUCACUCUCUUGACUUCAGCACUGCUUUCUUGCAGGGCAGCCUGCACGAGGAGAUCUGGCUGCGCCGCCCCCCUGGCUUCACUGGGUCAGUUCCUCCUGGCACCCAGUGGAGGCUUCAGCGGCUGGUCUACGGUCUCCGCCAGGCGCCACGUGAGUGGCACGACACACUGAGGACGACACUUGCGGCUCUUGGGUUCGCUCCCUCUACUGCUGACCCGUCGCUGUUUCUACGCACCGACACCUCGCUGCCGCCGUUCUACAUCCUCGUGUACGUCGACGACUUGGUCUUUGCCACUGCUGACACCGCGGCACUCGCUCACGUGAAGUCGGAGCUGCAGAGGAGACACACGUGCACAGACCUGGAGCCGAGUGGCCCGUAUCCAGAGCUUGUGGGCUGCCUCAUGUACCUGAUGACCUGCACUCGACCUGACCUUGCAUACCCUCUUAGCAUCCUAGCACGCUAUGUCGCUCCUGGCCGUCACCGGAAGGAGCACAUGGAUGCUGCUAAGAGGGUGUUGCGCUACUUGUGCAGUACGUCGGGCAUGGGGCUUGUGCUUGGAGGGCGAGACCGGGUUGUUCUCACAGGGCACUCAGACGCUUCUUGGGCAGACGACCAGGCUACUCAGCGGUCGUCCCAGGGUUACACCUUCAGCCUUGGCUCUGGCUCAGUUUCUUGGCGUUCUACUCGCUCUUCUUCUGUUCUCAGCUCCAGUUGUGAGGCUGAGAUCUACGCCACAGCCAUGGCUGCUCAGGAGCUACGCUGGCUGACCUACCUGCUGACCGACCUCGGAGAGCGGCCUCGUUCUCCUCCAGUGCUGUACGUCGACAACAAGGCUGCCAUUGCCUUGUGUGAGGAGCACAGACUGGAGCACAGAACGAAGCACAUCGCUCUGCGGUACUUCCUUGCUCGAGAGCUGCAGCAGCGUGGUCAGCUUUGUCUGCGUUACGUGGCCACGGAGGCCAACACUGCUGAUGUGUUCACCAAGGCGCUUCAGCCUUGUGACCAUCAGCGCUUUUGCACGCUGCUAGGCCUUGUACCUACUGGGCCUCACUUGCUUACCUCUUGA